AUGGCGAAAUUUUUCAAAGCCUUAGUGUUGUUAUGAGCUGUUGUUUCUCUUACUUUGGGUCAAAAGAGCGCCCCUUAUUUGUUCUCAGGGCACCACAAAGUCGUGAAUUUCACACAGCAAUAUUCAAUGGAAAUGUUUUAUAACAAGGAAAACGGAGAGGACUGGCUUUACUUUACCUUACUGUUUGAGUACCCACUCCCUACAUAUCAGCAAGACUUGUGGUUAGGAGUGGGAUUUGGUAAGACAACUAUGGAUAGUGCUGAUAUCGUCAUCUGCAGGUUUCAAACAAAUCAAGCAUUAUGCACUGAUAGACAUAAUGGCCGAUUUCCAGUUACACCAGUCCUUGAUGAGAAGAAUGAUAUCCUCCGUUUUAGAUCCGAAGCUGUGUAUGACCAAUUUGUAGUCAUGGGGUUUAAAAGAAAAGUUAUUACAAAUGAUACAGAAAAUGAUUAUCAAUUCCAACUUGGAAAUAAGACAGAUCUUAUUUGGGCUUAUGGACAAGCUAACAGCACUACAGGUGAAAUUAUCAAGCAUGUAGAGUACGGCGUCACUUCAAUAACUUUACCAAAAGCAGCUACCUCUUUCUCAAAGACUGCUAUUUUUGCUGCCUGAGUGAUGAGUGUGCUGACUUUCACCCUGACUUAA